AUGCAGUCCUUCAACCUGCUCCUCCUCCCGAUACUCCUCCUGAUCGCUCCAGGAAUGGCACAAUUCUUCAACUUCGGCAACAUGUUCCAAAACCAACAGCAAGCAGAGCCUCAAAACAUGGCCUCCGACUCGCAAUGGUAUAUGCAAAACUACGAGAGUGCACGAUGCGACAAAUACCUCUGCCCACACACCCUCUCCUGCGUCCACUUCCCACACCACUGUCCCUGCGCAUUCCCAAACGUCGAGGACAAAGUCGAAUUUGGCGAUGGAAGCAUGGCAUGCGUCAGCAAAGGCGGGUUCAAAGCUGGGGAGUCGGCGAGGAAAGUUGAGCUCGCGAGGAAAGGGCUUCUAUGA